GGGAAAUCAACCACCCUUCGAUUUUCAACAUGGCGGUGUAAACAAAAAAACAUGUGGGCUCCUGUCGUGACUGUCAUCUUGAUGAUAUAAGGAAUGACAUACGGGGAGAAAACCCACAAUAUAUCAAGAUGUUGAUAAAAUGACCACAGAUUGGCACAGAGCAUGUCCAAAGGGAGAAAGUUCGAGGACAAUUUGUUGGUAGAUUGGGAAAUAUUUUGCCCAAUAGGUCCAAAACUUGCUUUCCACGUAGCAUGUGUGUUAGGAAAUGCUUUGUAUGUUCAUGGAGGAAUUGAGGAGAGAUACAGCACUCAACCAUCAAAAAGACUCUUCAAGCUGAAUUUUGAUACCAUGAUAUGGAAUGAGGUGAGAGUGGGAAACAGUCCAGCACUGAGUCACCAUGCUUGUGUUCCAUUGGCUGAAAAAUGCAUGGUUUUGAUUGGCGGCUGGAAUGGAAAAUGUAGAACAUCAUCUGUUGUGAUUUUUGAUGCAGAGAAGGAGGAGUGGAUUUAUCCUAACGUGACAGGAUUUCCCGAUGAUGCAGGGCUGAGCUCUCACACAGCAUCACUGCUAAGUGAUGGGGGUAUUAUAGUGAUUGGAAGAGAAGGGACUCUUCGCAUGCAACCAGGAAAAGAGUACACAGGCAAUGUGUAUAUGCUGAAAGGAAGUCUGGAAUCAAAUGAAUUUCGUUUUGAAGAAUAUAGCAGAUUAACGGAAUCCAGGUCAGGUCACACAACCAAUUUCAUUGGUCCUACUUUGUAUAUAAUUGGGGGAAGAAGUGACCAAUUACUGGAAGUGCAUAAAGGUUACAGAAGUGGAUAUCCCAAAAAUAAUUUAAUGGAGAAAAUUGUCACAAUUGCCAAAUCCUUACCACCUUUGUCAAAAAUGCCUGGAGGUCGCAAGUACCACGUUGCAAUUGAAGGCCCAUCUACCAUUCUUAUUCAUGGUGGGGAGACUUUCCGAGGUCAGAACUCCGAACCUGUGGGAGAAAUACUGCUUAUGUCCAAUAAACCCAACAUCAACUUUUACAAAGUGGGAACCAGUAAAGUUGUAAGAGCUGGUCAUGCUUGCUGUAUUUCCCACGACAGAAUUCUGUUUCAUGGUGGGUUCAGCGGGAAAGGCCUCAUACAUGGGGAUACCAGAGAAUUGAGAAUCUUAUGAAAUAUGUUACGGAAUUUGAUUUAAAUAAAUGUGGUUGGCCAGUGGCUUUGAUUUAUGUAGAAUUUUAUUUUCCCACAUUUAGAAAAUGUUUUACUAUUGAGAGAGUUGCCAUUGGGUGGGGUGGGUUUUUUGUUGAUCUUUUGUAUUUCAUUUGUUGCCUCAUCUACUUUGUGCAUUAACAGCAUAUUAAAGGUUUGAAAUUAAGUGCAAUUAUUGUAUUAUACAUGAACUGAUAUAUGUAAUCAUUAAAAAAAAUUCAGUAUGUACUUUUACGCCAAAAUCACAAUGUACAUAAUAUAUAUCUCAGUUACCAUGUAGUGUAUGACAGCAUGGUGAGAAUUCAAUUAUGGUUGAAAGCAAGUUUUAAAACUUUCCUAGAUGGUUGAGCAGUCUAACGUACUGGUUGCACACAUACUGUGAAUAGAUUUGGGUCUCGAGUUCAAUCUUAGGCAGGGGCAAAGAGUAUUGUGAAUUUCUCUGUGUUUUAUAUCUGAUUCUUCCUCACUUAGGGCACUUAUAUGUUGUUUAAGCUCUGUGCUUUAUAAAAUAUUUCAAAUGCAGUUUGUAUUUUGCUUGAUCCUCUUAAAUUUAUGUCAAAUGACUGUAUCUGAAAAGUGAAUGACUGCGUAAUAUGUGCCAGCUUGGCAAGAAUUCCAUCAUAAUUGAAAGCAAGUGAUAAUUGCUGACUUGUGCCUAGAUGAUCAAAAGGUCUAGUGCGCUGAUCACACUCUGCUGGACCUGCCAUAUCUGAUGAUUCCCUCCUACAAGGCAAUAAUUGUAUAACCAUAUAUUUUUAUAUGUGGGUCAUAGCCAAAAUCCUUAAAAAUUAUAUUGUUGAAUUUUAUUUUUUAAUGAAUGUGCCAUUUAUUGAUCUGUGAUAAGUCAAUCUGGACUGAAUUGUUAUUUAUGAUGUACAUGUAUUGGCUCCAAGUUGUCAAUAUCAGACAAACACAAUGGCCUAAGUGCUAUGUCUACUGAUAAAUGAUGAGAGAGAGAGAGAGAGAGAGAUGGUACAUUAUAGCUUUUAAAGGUGUGGGGUAUUUAUACUAAUCAUACAUAUAUUAUGAAAUCAUAAGUGUAUACUACAGUUUUUAAAUUGAUUUGAAAGCAUUGUUUUUAUUCUUGGGGUUUUUGAUGAUUAUGGACUGAAGUAAUAAAUUAGCAUUGUUUUUGUUCUUGGGUUUUUGAUGAUUAUGGACUGAAGUAAUGAAUUAGCAAAUAAAAUUGCUUCCUGUU